AUGGGGAACUCUAACCAUCGGCUGCUACUAUUCUUCUAGCUCACACUCACGUUGACCGUGCUGGUGAUGGUGGUGUCGCUGAGCGCGGUAGUAUCGGCCGAGGCAGCCGAGAGACGGCGGCCCCUGUUUCGCCGGGCGAAACCCUCCACGACGCAGGCCGCCACCACCACCGACGACAGCGAGGGCUCGGAAACGAAGAUCAAGAGCCCCGGGAAAGACCUCUACACCGUCGGCGAUUCGUUUUCGAUCGCCAGCAACACCGGAACCGAUGCGGCUCCGUCCGGGAGCUUCAGUUCGGAUGGCGAAAAACUGUCGUCAUUCUCCGAGUACAGCUUCGGCAGUACGAAGCUCUCGGCGGGCGGCGAUCUCCACGGAGCGCACGGCUCGGACGACGAGGAAACGCCGGGAUAUGGCCCCGGUGGGUUCAAGAACCACAAGACGAACGGGUUGCUGCCCACGACCUACGCCAGCAACAAGGAGCGCAAGCAGCAGGGACCGUUUGACUUUCUGGCCGGGGACUAUGCUAAGCCGAAGGGAUCGCUGGGCAUCCAGCAUAACAAUGGGUCGCUGCUCGGUUCGAAGCUUAAGCUAACGCCCACGUUGUCCGCGGCGCCAUCGGCGAUCAGCAGCAAAUACUCGAUAUCUCACUCACCGGCCACGAGCAGCAGCAGCGGCAGUAAGCUGAGCGGCAAGCUGGCCCAUCUAGAUGACUCGACCGAGUACGACGUGUACUCCAGCCUGGGGCACACGAAAAGCAAAGUGGGCAGUGGUGCUUCGAGCAAGUAUCGCCCCCUCGCAUCGUCGUUCCUUUCGAGCGGAGUUGAAGGAAAGGUUAAGAAGGUACCGUUCAAGUACGAGGACGGCAGCAGCCUGGCAUCGGCAGUGUCGGGCAGUGGUAAAGGAAAAGGGACGAAGGCGAAGCUGGAACACGAGGGCUUGUUCGGUCCGGCUUCGGUCGGUGGCUUCGAGGAAGCGUACGGCAGCAAGCACCAGCAGCACGGAUUUCCGGGCUCCAAGGGCUCCAAGUUCAACUUUGCCGAACCACCGCCACUCGUCAAGUCGACCAUCAACACCCUGAAGCACUUCGGCGAGGGACUGCUAGGUAAUGGGCCGGACGGAUCGCUCUACGGGUCCGCGUACGAAGUCGACAGCGAUGAGUCGGGGCUAGGCUUGCACGCCGGGCCGGGGUUGGGCAGUACGAAGUACGGUUCCCCGUCGUCCUCGUCGACGUACUUUGGCCACUACGGGGCGAGCCCAUCGCACCCGGCCGAGAGCCACGAGGCGUCGGGCGAGCGAACGGCUCUGAAGCCCAAGUUCCCGAAGCCAUCCCUGUCGCUGGCGUCGGGCGGCAAGUUCGCUACCGAUUUUGACGUGAAAAACAUCAAGCUUACCGAUAGUGCCGUGUUCGGGGGGGGCCACAAGUACCCGAAGAACGAACAUCACACGCUCCCCAUCACCACCACCACCACCACCACUAAACACCAGCAGGGAUUGGGAUCACAGCCGUCGCUAGGGCAGCAGCACCACCACUACCACGUGCAACACCCACACGCAUCACACGCCACAACCGGUAGCAUAGACAACCCUAACCCCCAGGACUUCCGUCCCAACUUUCCACUACAAGAUGUCCGCAAUUUGUAUCCUGCCGCCCAUCUAGGUGCCAGCAUCGCGGCCAAGGGCCAGAUCGAGAGCUUCCUCAAGUCGGAGCACGGCCCGCUCAAGGACGAGUCGCUGGUGGCGCAACUGCUGGGCGACCAGCCGUCGCCGUCCGGCACCCGGUCCCCCGGUCCCCACUACCACCAGCUGCAGCAGACGAAGGAGGACAGCGCGCUCGAGAAGGAGGCGCUCCGGCAGCAGAUCGAGUACCUGAAGGCGCAGAGCGCCAAGGCGCACCCGGUCGACCUGUCCGGCAACCCGAACCGCCCGCCGAUCGUGUCGAACGCGCAAAAGUUUCGCCCCGUCCGCCGCAUCCCCCAGCACGUGCGGCUCGGCGUGAAAGCUCCGUACCCGUUGCCCCGCAUACCGCACUUCAACGAUCGCCCGUACAGCAUUAGCUUCAAGAUCUGAGUCUGGUUCACGGGCUACCCCGUUACCGUGGUUUCAUUACUU